AACGUUCUAGAGUAAGAGAGGCUUUGUUAUUAUUAUUUCUUUAUUAACACAAAAAAAAAAAAAAAAGUUAUUUUAUCGCUUUAUUUAUAAAUCAUUCUUCUUUAAUAAUUACUGAUUACCUAAAAGAUGAGUUCCGAAAUUCAUCUAGAGAAGUUGGAAGAAGGCCAUAGCAAGGUUGGUGAUGAUGAGUCUAUAAGCCGAAAAGGUUUUAGGUUUUGCACUUCUCAAGCCGUUGUUAAAAAAAUCCAGAAGGUAAUUGCAGAGGCUAUUGGAACUUAUUUCCUGAUAUUUGCGGGAUGUGGUUCGGUUGCUAUCAACCGGAUGUAUGAUAACGCCAUAACAUUUCCAGGAAUUGCAGUGACUUGGGGUCUUAUUGUCAUGGUCAUGAUUUACUCUGUUGGUCACAUCUCCGGUGCCCAUUUCAAUCCUGCUGUCACAGUCACAUUCGCCAUUUUCCGAAACUUUCCGAUAAAAGAAUUACCCUUGUACAUAGGGGCACAACUAGCAGGAUCGCUUCUUGCAAGCGCAACACUAUGUUUUCUAUUUGAUGUACCACCAGAGGCUUACUUUGGAACGGUGCCGGCCGGAUCCAAUAUCCGAUGCUUUGUCUUCGAGAUAAUCAUAUCCUUCCUGUUGAUGUUUGUUAUAUCCGGUGUCGCCACGGACAGCCGAGCAAUUGGAGAGAUGGCUGGAAUUGCUAUUGGGAUGACAAUUCUACUGAAUGUCUUCAUUGCUGGGCCGGUGACUGGGGGAUCCAUGAAUCCGGCAAGGAGCAUAGGGCCGGCGGUGGUGAUGCGAAUAUACACUGGCCUGUGGAUUUAUAUAUUAGGUCCAUUCAUCGGCGCCAUCCUGGGAGGUUUUGCUUAUAACCUUAUUAGGUUCACAGAGAAACCACUUUCGGAGCUAACCAAGUCCAAUUCUAUAAUCAAGUCCAUGUCUAGGACCAUCAGCUUUGCUCGCUAAGGAAAUGCCUUCAGUAGCUGCAAAUGAGUGAAGAAUUAUGAAUAUCAUGUACAAUAAUAUAUACUACAGUUACAGGGUAGAGCUUGUAAUUAAUACCAUACUUCUUGAUCAUCUUGUAAUUAUUUCUCCAUUAUUCCUUAAUCACCUGCUGUAUUUAUGGCCGUAAUUUUCAUUUUU